AUGUACAUACACACACAUACGCAGACACACAGACACAUGUACGUGCAUGCAUACACAGACACAUGUACACACAGACACAUGUACAUGCAUACACAAACACACACACAUGUACAUGCAUGCAUACAUACACAGACACAUGUACAUGCAUACACACAUGUACAUGCAUACACAAACACAGACACAUGUACAUGCAUACACAAACACACACAAACACACACACAUGUACACCCCCCCCCCAAUAAAAAGUUGCAGUACUUCGUUGUUCACUCACAGAGCCGGGUACUGCACUCUAGGGGGGGCAGAGAGCACAGCACACACUCCUUCCUUUGCUUUCACUGUGCUCAGCUAUUGAGAAGUCUGACGGCUCCCAGUGCCACUGACAGAUCCAGCCAGAGCUCCGAGCCUGCUCAGCAAGACGGCCCCGGGGGACACACUCGCCCCCACCAUAAAUUCCACUCACCAUUGGCAAGCAGGCAGGUGGAAAUUUCAAGCCUUGAUUUA